AUGUACGGGAAUCUCGCCAACAAAUUGAUCCUUGAUGCUAAGAGGUCAUCUAAUUUAUCAGAAACACCAUUAUACCAAACUGAUUUAGUGAAAAGUAUAAUAAAAGAGACAACUGAUCUUAAUAAAGAUGCUGAAUACUUAGGUGAAGAACAACGAAUACAAGAAGAAGAUUCCGAAAAUGCUGAUGAAGAAAAAAUGAAGAUAAAUCAAUGUCAACUAUUUGUCACACAUUUGUGUAUGCGUAGAAAUAAAAGAUGUUUGUUGGCGUAUGAAAAAUUAAGGGCUGACAAAAUCGAUGAGUUCUCUUGGUUGAAUAUUGACCCCAUAACAGAAACAGGUAACACUGACCCAAAUAAAAAUAAAUUCGGCUCCACAGGAAAUGGGUCUAAUUCGUUGGUUAGUAAUUCUGCCAAUUAUACUACACAAUUGAAUUUAGAUAACUUGAAUCAUGCAGAGCAGGAAUACUACAAGAAUUAUCAACAUUUAAUAACUAAUUACAAGUCGAAUUUCGCCGAUAUAGACUUGUCUGGGGAUUUGGAUCCACCUACUAAUAUAUUUACCGAUGUCAGGGUCCUUAAAAAUGGAGGUGAAGUUCAAACUGAAUAUGGUGUAUUUAACCUAAUUAAGGACUCCCAGUUUUAUGUGAGAAAGUCUGAUGUUGAGAGAUUAAUUCAACAAGGAUAUCUUGAAGAAAUAUAA